AUGUGGCGCUUCCUCACCUACUUGCGGCUAAAAGCGACCGUCACGCUCCUCCGCUUUCUCCUGAGGCUGCGACAAGGCACCCCCGCCAUCUCGCCCAGCGCCAGCGUGCUGCACAUCCCCUCGCGCGACGCGCGACGCACCAUCAAGGCGCACGUGUACCGCUCCUCCGCCCACGCCAGCAGCCCGUCCACGCCGACGGCCGUUCUCGUCAACUUCCACGGCUCCGGCUUCGUCCUGCCGCAGCACGGCACCGACGACUUCUUCUGCACGCUGAUCGCCGCGAAGACGCCGUACACGGUGCUCGACAUCCAAUACCGACUCGCGCCCGAGCACCCCUUCCCCGCCGCCGUUCACGAUGCCGAGGACGCCGUCAAGUACGUGCUCGCCAACCCGGCCCUCUACGAUGCCGCCCGCCUCUCCCUCUCCGGCUUCAGCGCGGGCGCCAACCUCGCCCUCGUCUGCGCCGGCGCCCUGCCCGCGAGCUUCCCUCCGGCCACCUUCAGCGCCUGCCUCGCCUUCUACCCGCCCGCCGACCUGACCAUCGAGCCCGCCGCGAAGAAGGCGCCGGAUCCCACCGGCCAGCCCAUUCCGGCCAGGAUCGCGAGCUUCUUCGACGAGUGUUAUAUCCCGCCCGGCGUGCAUCCGAGUGACCCGCGCAUCAGCCCCGCCCGUGCGGAGCCGGGCAACUUUGCGGGCACGACUGUCGCGGUGCUGACCGGUGCAUACGACGGGCUGGCUCCGGAGGCCGAGGCGCUGGCGGCGAAGAUCGAGGAGACCAGGGAGGCGAGGGUGGUCAAGAAGAGGUUUGAGCGGUGCAAUCACGCAUGGGACAAGCGUGCGGCGCCUGGGAGCGUGCAGGAGAAGGCCAGGGACGAGGCAUACGCGAUUGCGGUGGAUGUGCUGAUGGGGCGGUAA